CACUCGGAAUCUAGAAUUAUAAACAUUGAAGAAAAACUACUAUUUACGAAGAUAAAUUUAAAUUGGCUAUUACGUUGGUUUUGUUGGGCUAGAUCAGUGCCUGUUUUUAUCAUUUGUCUAUUCGCAUAAAAAAUUCUUUACCACGACUGAUUAGAUAAUGAACAGACACGACCUACCUCAAUGUUAUCAGCGCUUGUGACUAAAGUACAAAUAGUUCUACACUUUGGACGAAUUUAGAAAGUCUGGAAUCUUUAUGUUAUUAAUUAAAGACUUCGUUAAAAACAAAUGUACAAAUCAUGAGACAGCAAGCUUGGAAGCAUGUUUAGGACCAGAGGGAGAAAUAAAAUGAAAUGAAUAUUGUAGCCAUUAGCAAUUUUGACAAUAUCCGUGGGAUUUGCGUUUUUCUUGACAUACACUUUAUGAAUUAACGUUUCAACAGUAUGCUCAUAACGAACAUAAAUGUUUCAACACUGAAAAUAAAUUCAGCCCCAAGAAUUUAGAAAUAUUUAGCAUAAUGUUGAGUAAUACUAUUUAUCGGUCAGCGGGUCUGUUGUUCAGCCAGUAAACGUUUGUUGAUCUUAGCCGAAAGACGCUCUUUACAUCUCGUUAUCUCGUUCAACCAAAUAAUAUAAUUAUAAUGGAGAAAAACGGUGACAUUGAUAAUAAAGUGCGAAACGUUCAAUUGACAGAAGAUGAAGAAAAUAAUUUUAUGAUGAUUUGUCGCAAGGGUAACAUUUACGAGCUGAUGGAAUUGGCACCAUUUAUUAGUAAUGAUGGACAUCUGCUACAUAAAUACGAUUAUCGUGGGAGACAGUGUAUUCACAUAGUGGCAUUGUACGACAGAAAAAAUGCUAUUAUGAAAAUAGAAUUACUUGUAAACAUGGGUGCAGACAUUAAUGCAAGGGAACGAUAUACUGGUAAUUCAUUACUUCAUAUCGCUGUGAAGACAAAAAAUUACCAAUUGGCUGAGUGGCUGUGCCAAACGCCAACCGUUUGUCUAGGAGCUAUCAACUAUGUGCACCAUACUGCUUACCACAUGGCCUACUACGCUCAUGAUGAGAAGAUGAAGGAGCUUUUGAUAACCAACAGAGCUGUCUGUGACGAUCCUGAAGGCAUCGAAAUGUCUGAAGAUGAUACUGGUGACUUUUCUAGUGACGGUUAACGGAUUCCUGUUUAAAGUGUUCUAACUGAUCUUUCACCUUGAACUGAUUAUAGGCAACUAACAAAACAAAGAAUUUAACUGAUAAGAUGACUGACGCCGCGUCUUGUUAUCCAUAAAAGUGAUGUAAUUAUUAACGACAGUGUUUUGGUGAUAAACUUUAAACUUUUAUCUGACAAUACUAAAUUUGAUAAGAACAUAAACAAGAGAAUUUGACGGAACUGCUAACGGACCGUAGAAGGUUUUAAACUAUUCCUUUUUUCGUGCACUUGAAACAUGGCCUUUUAUAUUGUAUAAUUCACUAAUAUUUUUUUAAAAACAUUGUUUAUUGCAGCUUAACUGUGCAUUAACGUUAACCACUUGUACAUUGUACAACGAAAACUUGUGAUUCAAAAAUGUAUGUAAUAAAAUUGUAAUAAAACGAUUGUGGAUUUAUAAUUACUUGUUUCCAACAUUGUUCUAACAGUAAAUUUAUAGCUCUCACUCUUCCUAAAUAAAUAUUAUUCUUUAUGAGUUUGGUAGCUAAGGAAUUUUUGAAAGCUGUUUACAUUGCACCCGCCAAAUUUCUCGCAAUUCAGUCAUUGCCUGUAUAAUUCGACACUCGAACGAAGCGUCCCAAUAAUUCAGAGGUUUUUAUUUUUUUUGGCUCCAUUAUUAUAAUCAAUUAAGUGAAAAUAUAUUGUAUUCUUCACACCAACUGACUGUUUUGUAAACUGCAAAUUAACGACUCACAACAAGAUUCUAUAUUUUGAAUCCCGAAUCUAAUGGAUUUUAGUUUAAAAAUAGUAGGAUAAAACUAUUUCGACUUUUCAAUAGUUAUUUUGACGACACUGACAAAGACGUCACCCACUUUCUUAUCCCACCUGACAUCUAACCUAAAUACUCAGAACCAGAUUGAGCAUCUUUAGUCAAGGGUCGGUCCGCCCUGCCUGCUGUAAAACUCUGGCAAGCUUAACAUCAACUUUUAGAAGAUUUUCUGAUGAAAAGUUCUGACUACUCUCCUACAAAACUGGGUCCUGUGAUGGGGAUGCGUCAAUGAACCCUUACGUUAAAAAAUCCUUAUAAAAUGAUUAUGAAACUCCUUAUAGGCAAUCCGGCAUUUCCGUCAAUGAUCUAAUGGUCAGGACGUUAUCUUAAUAUUCUUGCAAUAUUGAUAAGAGCAAACAAUGCUACUGCAUCAAAACUGACAUACGUAACGUUUUUUUCUACAAAGAUAUUACAUGGCGACGUGAUGUCUGAAGUGUGCGUCAUAAACUAUUGGCAACUACUUUCGAACACUCGAAAUACGCCAUUUUAAAAAAUAGAGGCAAUAUUUUAUCAGAAGUUACAAACUCGGUGUCAAAACAUGUUUACUUCUUCAUCUGGCUGCAGUAAAGUUGCGCUGAUUGAUUACGAGAUUUAUGUGAAUAGUUUAUUAUUUCUUCCAUUUUGUUCACUAUUUUCGUUCAGCAUUUAGAAAGCUAUCAUAUUUAACAAUCAAUAAAUUAAAUAUAAUAUCAAAUGCAAUCCUAUAAAAUUAUGAAUCACAUUGAUUUGGUAUAAUAAAUUUGUAUAAUAAUUGAUUGCUAGUAUAUAUUUGAAAAAAAUUAUUGCCACAUCAUGCAACAUUUUUUUUUUAAU